GGCGGGUACAGGGGGUUGCUGGGCUCUUUUGUUUGGCGGAGGGCGGAUCGCGAGCGGCCAGGCCUGUGGCGCGGCGCCGACGGUAACGGUUCCCCGCCGACCUCCACCGCCUCAGCUCGGCCCGGCCGCCGCAGCGCGUAGCCCCCGCCCCCACGGCUCCGUUUCCCCCCGGGCAUCGUUGGCGAGGCUGUGAAAACAGCGUCGCCCUUAAGCUGAAAAACUGGCCAGCACAAUGGGAAAAAAGCAGAACAAGAAGAAAGUGGAGGAGGUCUUAGAGGAAGAAGAGGAGGAGUAUGUGGUGGAGAAGGUCCUAGACCGGCGAGUGGUGAAAGGCAAAGUGGAGUAUCUGCUGAAGUGGAAAGGCUUCUCGGACGAGGAUAACACGUGGGAGCCGGAGGAGAAUCUCGACUGCCCCGACCUCAUUGCAGAGUUUCUCCAGUCCCAGAAAACCGCACACGAGAGUGAGAAAUCUGAGGGGAGCAAACGCAAAGCCGAAUCUGACACAGAGGACAGAGGGGAGGAGAGCAAACCAAAGAAGAAAAAGGAAGAGUCGGAGAAACCACGAGGCUUUGCCCGGGGGUUUGAACCUGAGCGGAUCAUCGGCGCCACAGAUUCCAGCGGGGAGCUCAUGUUCCUGAUGAAAUGGAAGAACUCUGAUGAGGCUGACCUGGUCCCCGCAAAGGAAGCCAACAUCAAGUGCCCCCAGGUGGUCAUCUCGUUCUAUGAGGAGAGACUGACAUGGCACUCUUACCCCUCGGAAGACGACGACAAGAAAGAGGACAAGAACUAACCCACGCCGGCUCUGGCCAACCUUUGUAUAAAGAUCAGACUGUGGGUUUGAGCGACAGUGAGAGAAUGCAGCUCUACUUAGUGGAGAGGUGGCUUGAGAAGAUGCCCUUUGAAGAGACAGUAUGGUUUCUGUGCCCUGCGGCUGCCCAAGUGUCCAGCUUCACACCAGCCUGACGUGACGGGGAGGGGGAGAUGUGUUUCAAGGCUGGCUGUUCUGCAGCUUUCUGGAGAGGAAGUGAAACCCCCUUCCAUGAAGAACUCUCGCUGGUGCUGGGUAGGCUGGGGAAAGGGAGAGCAGAUGGAUACUGCUUGUUCUUCAAAGACCAUCUCAGCAACCCACAGCCUUCUUCCCAAUAGUGUUAACUCUGCAUUUUUACAGCGUAGCAUGUGUGUAGGUUUUUUCUUUUUGCUAUUACUGGUGUAUCAGUUUGGGGUGGGGGUGGGUCUUUUUAAAGGGGGGGGGGAAACGGUUGACAGUGUUCCAGAUCCAUGACCAGAAUCCUUUUUUAUAAAGACCUUGAUUAACUUAAAACCCCAAGUAUUGGUAAUAGGACUAAGGGGAGGGACAAUGGUAUGAGACUGAAGCUGUGAAUGUCCAAAUCGUCAAUCCCUAGAGCAAUGUUAUUGGGGGCAGGGUGGGGGGGGGGUGGGACCUGCAGAGAUGCAAGCCUGUAAUUAGUGUCUCCAAACAGAACUGCCAGUGUUGCUGACUUGUGCAUUGUAAGUGAGAGGGUGGGGAAUGGGGAGGGAAUUGAUCUAGCUCAGUGGUUUGAGCAUUGGCCUGCUGAACCCAGGGUUGAGAGCUCAAUCCUUGAGGGGGCCAUUUAGGGAUCUGGGGCAAAAAUCUGUCUGGGGAUUGGUCCUGCUUUGAGCAGGGGGUUGGACUAGAUACCUCCUGAGGUCCCUUCCAACCCUGAUAUUCUGUGAUAUCAAACCCUUAAAAGCCCGUCUACCCCCUUUCCGUUAAGGUGCUAUUUUGUGAAAUUAGAGACAUAGAAAGUUCUGAUUUCUCUUUCAUUUCUUUUCAACCCCAAUUGGAUUCUGUCCAGCUGGCAGCAUUGGGAUCCCCUUUAUUCUCUGUAUGUAUGUAUGUAUGUGAUAACAUGUUCCUCCCUGUUUUUAAUCCUAUUAGUGUAAUGUGAGAGGGAGGUGAAAUCAUUUCAAAAUCCUCCCCUAACAAGUGAUUUGUUUUCAAGCCCAAACUUCAGCACUGGAGCCAGCUCUUGCUCUGCUGAAAUUUUUUUUAAUCAAACGGAUUUAUUAAAAAUACUGAAAUAUUUAAUGUCUGGAGUCAUGAGCUCCUACAGGCUCCUGGCACCUCCUUGUAGGGUGAUAUGUAUCUAGAACUGCAUUGUACAAACCUUUUUUUAAAAGCAUGUGUUUAGGUUUCUGUGAAAACAUUGUUUAAAUGUAAAGUAAGUGUUUGGAUUUUAACUUCAUACCAAGCUCUGUCCAUUUUUUUGUCUCAAUAAAAUUUUAGAUUUAUAA